AUGGGUCUAACCACUCCAGCCUGGAACAUUAACAACACAGUAGUGAAUGGAAGUAACAAUACUGAACAUUUCUCCUGUGUCAGCAAGUUCAAUACCCUGAACUUUCUUACUGUCAUCAUUGCCAUGUUUGGCCUGGCAGGAAAUGCCAUAGUCCUAUGGCUUCUAGCCUUCCACCUGCCUAGGAAUGCCUUCUCUGUCUAUGUCUGCAACUUGGCUUGUGCUGAUUUCUUGCAACUUUGCACUCAGAUUUUAGGUUCCCUGGAAUGUUUCCUUCAGUUAAAUAGGAGACACACUUUUUUUCUCACCGUUGUAUUUAUGUUUGCUUACCUUGCAGGUUUGUGUAUGAUUGCAGCCAUCAGUGUUGAGCGCUCUCUAUCUGUUAUGUGGCCCAUCUGGUAUCACUGCCAAAGACCAAGACAUACAUCAUCCAUCAUGUGUGCUCUGCUCUGGGCUUUCUGUCUACUGUUGAAUUUCCUAUUAGGGGAAGGCUGUGGCCUUCUGUUCAGUGAUCCUAAAUAUUAUUUCUGUAUUACUUGUGCCUUAAUCACUACUGCACUUAUAAUAUUAUUAACUGUGGUUCCUUCUGUGUCCAGCCUGGCCCUGUUGGUCAAGAUGAUCUGUGGAUCACACAGGAUUCCUGUGACCAGGUUCUAUGUGACCAUUGCUCUCACAUUGGUGGUCUUCAUAUUCUUGGGUCUGCCCUUUGGGAUUUACUCAUCUUUCUUGAUAAUGUUUAAGGAGUUUCAAAGCAUUUUCUCUUACCAUGUCCUUGAAGUGACAAUAUUCCUGUCCUGUGUUAACAGCUGUGCCAAUCCCAUCAUUUACUUUCUUGUUGGCUCCAUUAGGCAGCACAGGUUGCAAUGGCAGUCUCUGAAGCUACUUCUUCAGAGAGCCAUGCAGGACACUCCUGAGGAAGAUAGUGGAGAGAGGGUUCCCUCACAAAGGUCUGGGGAACUGGAAAGUGUUUAG